AUGGCUGGACAGGGAACAUUUUCUGAUAUUCUGGAGAAACUGAGUCUUAGGAAAAAGUACUAUGCAAGUAAACAUAUGAAACAACAUUUUGAAAGUGUUGAUCAAGUGAAUAAUCUGAGAUAAAUACAAGCAUGAAGGUGGCUGAGUCUACAUCCUACUAUAUGUUUACAUAAAGUUGUUUUUGAUGAAAACCCUGGCUCCCUUUCACUGGUAUGUGAAUUAAUGGCCAUGAAUAUUUAUGAGCUGAUCAAAGGAAGGAGAAAGCCAUUGCCUGAAAAAAAAAAAAUCAGGAACAACAUGUAGCAGAUAUGCAAAUCUCUAGAUUGCAUACAUAGAAAUGGAAUAUUUCAGAGAGAUGGGCAACAAGAAAACAUUAUAAUGAAGCAGAACACCCUAUAGUUAAGAGAUUUUGGAUCUUGUGGGAGUAUCUAUUCCCAGCAGGCACACAGUACCUCCCCAUGCUGGUGGUGAACACUGGAAUGUUUGCUUACAAAUGGGCUCUAUAGUUACAAAAUUGGCAUGUGGAGUCCUGGCUGUGUUUUCUAUGAAAUCACAAGUUUCCGGCCUCUUUUUCUUAGAUCUAAUGAGCUGGACCACAUUUCAAAAAUCCAUGAAGUGUUAGGCACCCCUGGUAACCAAACUCCAAAAGUUCAAGCACAAACUUUCAGAACCUCAAUAGCAAGAAUGGAAAAACAUCCCAGCCCUGAUAAGAAUUUUUAUAGUGUAAGACUAAAGCACUUAAACAAGGCUCUGCAGGGAAACCUCUACUGCUGCUACUCAUUCCAAAAGAAGAGCAGAUUUCUCUUACUAGGAAUGAACAAAUACAGGACCCAAGUUUUAGUGGAGGAAGUGCUUUACACCAGUAGGUGAGAACACUGUAACAAAGGGAAACAGCAGAACACAACGGUACAGCUAACUGCUCCUUGUCAUUUUAUUGAAACUCCUCCUGCCAUGGAUGCUGCUGUCCUCCAGUUCCAAGCAGAGUGUACUCCUGAACAAAGUAUCUCAAAGUGAAAUGAAGGUAUGUAAAACCAGUGACUGGAUGAGUUUUCCUGUUCUGUUUCAGUGAAUAAUCUCCCCAUGUCUGUAUGCUUUCGUGUUAGCAGCUCAUACUGAUAGAACAUAGAAAUUCAACAGUAAGGCAAUACAGUAUUUGUCAUAAUACCUACCAUAGGGGUUUUUUAUAGACAGACAGACAGGUAUGUGAAAGGUGUGAUGAAAAAUGAAAUUAAGGGCUGCAGGUCUAUAGGCAGGCAACACAGUGCAACAGUAACUUCCAAGUUCGUACCUUUGGAACACUGAGCAAAAGUGCCAUGAGCUUAUCCAGUGUUUUUCCAGAGAGGAAGAUGGUGAGUUGCUUAGUGCUGAUGUAUUUGGAGUUGACCAUAAUGAACAGCAUUAACACUGAUGGUCUAAAAAUAGGUAACUAACUGUAUCCAAGGGAGCUUACUCUCCACUGUUGUUAAUUUCUUGCAAAAUAGAAGACAAAUCCUACUAGUCACAUUUGAUGGACUGUUCUGACUCAGAUCUGUCUUACCUAGCACUAUACAGGAGGUCAAAGCUCAGAUUAUCAAAACUAUAUUCCUGAUGGAGAUACAAUUAAUUGUAUUGGUUGCUUCCCAUAAUCUGUUUCUGGAAGCCUCAAAUCACAGAUGCUGAAGUUUAAGUAUUUAGACUAAAAAAUAUAAAAUUCCAUCGAACUAGGUUUGCACAAGGUGCCCUUCUGAUUUCUAAAGUCUUAUUGCCACUGUUUGCUUCCCUAAUUAAUCUGUCUGGUAGGUGAUUAUACACGCACUGGGAAAACGUCAGAGUUUUUCUAAGUUUUAACCUGGAGAGAAAAGGCUAUCAGAAUAACAUCUUGUGUAUUAUCACAUUCUUUGAAUCUGGGGCUGUCAGACUGUUAUAAUGAGAAUGGCAAUUUCAACAGAUCAUUUUUGGUAUAAAAUUGCAAAUCUGAAGAACCAGAUUGGAAUUUUUCUUCAUUUUUUUUUACGCUUUCAGGUGGAUCUUAUUGGCACAUACAGUACUUCAAGGAUAUUUAUUUCCUAACAAGUUCUUUGCUAUUAGACCUCUGGAGACAACUUACACUUCUCUGGCUGCUGGAUGAAUAGAUAGACUUGAGUUUUCCCACCUGCUUUAUAGUUAAAAUACAACCAAUUUUAAACUACGAAUUGCCAAGUGUAGUUCCUACCCUCAUUCUUCCAGCUAAAAUUCCAUACUGCGAUUAUCUGUGUUCUGCUCACUUCUAAUAUAUUUUUUAAUGUCAUAGGAAAAAUAUUUUUAUUAAAAGCUGUAUCUACCAUAGAGAUCUUAAGUUCCUUCCAGGUAAGUUAUUAGUAUCCUGUUUCCUACUAAAAGAAUUUUUUUUCCAUAUGGAAUAGAGUGUGGUAUGGGCAGUUCAAGCUUCUAGAUGAUUGCCCUAAUAGUAAAGAAGAGGCUGAAAAAAGAAAACCCACACACAUUCCUUGUGUGCUGCUGGACUACGAUUUGUGGCAGGGACAUACCCUGCCAACACGGAUGUGAGUAGCUGCUGUUGUUCUCCAGAUGUUGGAUAUUCCAGUUCCUUCCCUACUCGUUUUGUAUUUUUCCAGCUGAAGGAAAAAAGUAUUUUAAAGUUAUUGCAUAUUUUUUCAACUGUUUCAUUUUGACUCAGACCAUAUGAAGCACUUAUAUAGAAGUCGUCUUUGGGGAGAUAACUACACUAGUUUUCAGUGAUGAGGUUUAUCUGUAUUUUAACAGUUAAACCCACUAUGUUAA